UGUACCAGUCUACCAAUCUAACAGUCUACUGCAACUUCCGAACUUGCAACUUGUAAACUUAAACGUCGACUUUUAUGCCGAAAUUAAAAUGUUGUAAUAACGCUUGUACGGUAAAAUGUAUAGCAGUACUAAGCUAGUGGUAUUGGCUGUGGUUGGUGUUGUACUCACCGUCCUCGGCGGAGGAAUGAUAAAAGUGUUCAGCACCAUGAUUCACGAUAAAAUCAGCGAGAAAGUUCGUCUAACGAAUGGAUCAGAGUCGUUCGACAUCUGGAAAGAUAUGCCAGUUCCGAUUUACAUGCAAUUCUGGAUCUUCCAUGUUAAGAAUCCACUGGAAAUUACCAGGGACGGAGCUAAACCAUCAGUUGAACAAAAAGGCCCUUAUACAUAUCGAGAAUACAGACAAAAACACAAUAUAACCUUUCACUCAAAUGGAACCAUUUCCUAUGUGCCUACAAGAACAUACACACAUGAGCCUAAGAUGUCAGUUGGUAGUGAGGAUGACACGAUUACAUCUCUUAACAUGCCAAUGCUGACAGUAGCAUCAUACAUAAAGUAUGAGCCUACGUGGUUGAAGGUACUGGCAUCUCUGGGACUGGCUGUGUUAAAUGAGACCGUGUUCGUAAACCACACAGUAAAAGAAUGGUUGUGGGGAUAUGAAGACCCAAUGUUAAAGGACAUCCAUGAUCUUCUGCCAAAUCUUGUGCCUGAUAGUCACUUUGGAUUUUUCUAUGGGCCGCCAUCAGGUAACCUGUCAAGAGAUGGAUUGUACACCGUUGAUUCUGGAAGUGCCGAUGUACACCAGGUAGCUGAAAUAGAAAAAUAUAAUGGAGUAAGCCACCUAGACUACUGGAAGUCAGACUACUGCAACAUGAUUAAUGGAACAGAUGGAAGUAUUUAUGGUCCAUUUGUCAAAAAGACAGAUAAAAUGAGACUAUUCUCAUCAGAUAUCUGCAGGUCAUUGUACAUGCAAUAUGAACAAGAUACCACCAUAGAGGGAAUCAAUCUGUUUCGCUUUACAGCCCCGGCGGCAAUAUUUGCAAAUGCUAAUGUAAAUCCAGACAAUGAGUGUUACUGCAUGCCCUGUCUAGGAGCUGGGUUGCUCAACAUUAGCAUCUGUAAACAGGGUGCACCAGUUGUGGUGUCAGCACCACAUUUCUAUGAAGGUGAUCCGAAGUUUUCAAAGGCCAUAGAUGGACUACAUCCAGUAAAGUCUGAACACGAAACAUUUAUGGAUAUUGAACCGCUAACUGGACUAGCGAUGCGGCUGAUGAGGAGAAUGCAGGUCAACACAUUUAUUGAACAUAUUGAAUUCAUAAGCCAAACAAAAAAUCUAAAGCCGACUUUCUUUCCAUUGGUAUGGCUAAAUGAGAGUGCAAAAGCGGAUGCUGCCAGUAUUGACAAAUUCAAGACGGAGGUGAAGCUGCCCAUUCUUCUCAUGACCAUAGGACAAUACUUUGUUCUAAGCUUGGGCAUCCUCAUACUCGUGGUUACUGCUUCUCUUUUACUGGUUGGACUUUCCAGUAGAACGGUUCCCGAUGAACCAUUGUUACCUGAUGUUGCCGGUGACCAGUGAAGUAAGUCAAAUGAAUGAGUCAUACAUGCAGUUGUUGCAGCUCCUUUGCUAUCCUAAUAAUUCAAAGAUUACUAGUAAUUCUAUGGAUUGCUCAUUUGCUUAAUAACCACUUGCUAUAAAACUUAAACAGGGUAUUAAACUUAUACAUUUGACAUGUUUGACAGGCAACUCUAGCCAAUCACUAUUGCGAUGUUUUAAAAACAACGCUUAGUGUCAAAGUGCAGCCCACACUUUAGUAUGAAGUGUCAGUAUUUUGGCUUCCAAGUGUGAAAAACAUACACAAGGCGACACAUACAUAAAAAGUAAGCUUGAUCGACCUAGCAACAAUAUCCAAUGUGGGUGUGACAGGUUUCUCUUAGGUGGACAGGUCAAUUAGUGUUUAGCUUAUGUGGACCAUUCUUAAUUCUUUUCAAAUUCCUGAAAAUAACUCAUUAAUGGCAUCUGAGAAAAAUACAUUUUCUCUCUAAUAAUAUUGUAGUGAAAAACGUUUUAAAUCUGACCAUAGUAAGUAAAACUAAACCUGCUAGUACUUGGCAGUGGCGUAGCUAGGA